CAACUGCAAACCCACAACAACACAAACAACAACAACAGCAGCAUCAUUAUUAUCAGCAGCAUCCAGUACCAUGGAAGCAGAGCCAACAUCCUGCAGGAGGGGAGCAGCCCAGCGCAGGAGCUAAAUCAAAGCGAGGAGGAGGAGGAGGAGGAGGAGGAGCGGAUGGAUGCCAGCCUGGGAUCAGCCACCAGCAGCACCGACAAUAACCCUCCUCCGCCUGGGACCAGCUCCGAGUUUAAUCAUUAUUAUGGGAAUGGAAGAGGAGGGCCUAGCUUUGAUCAACAUGGCGGACAACAAAGCCCAGGGACUGGGGUAAGAGCGGCGCGCUCCGUACUCGGCACUAUGGAUCAGGUCCACAACUCCCACGAAGGCUACAGCAACAACAGCCCGUACAACCACUACCCGAACUACCGGCCUGGGUACGGGAACAGUGGAUACGGCGGCAUGAUGAGCCCGUCACGGCAGGGCAACAACCUGCUGGGCCCCGGCAGCGGCGGCGGAGCCUCGGCCGCUUCUAACCACAGCAAGGCGGCGAUGGCUGCUACCAGUUCCUCGGCUGGAGGCGGCGGCGGGUUUCAGCGGUUCCACGGGCAGGGUCAGCAGCCACAGCCGCAACAGCAGCACCCGUCGGGGGCUACACCGACUUUGAACCAGUUAUUAACGUCUCCGAGCCCGAUGAUGCGGGGUUAUGGAGGUGGAUAUCCAGAUUAUAAUAAUCCCGCACAGCAGCAGCCGAGCAUGGGGCUGGCUAAAGACAUGGGCUCCCAAUACGGCUGGGCUCACGUCUGGGGAGGACAACAGAGAAAUCACCCGACCAUGAGCCCGGGGAAUCCCGGGCAGGGCGGCGGCAGAGCCCAGGUGCCGUCCGUGGACCCAAUGGCGAUGAAACGUUCUCAGCUCUACGGGAUGAGCAGCAACCCCUACUCCCAACAGCAGGAGGUGCCGUACCCCAGUCAGCCCUACAACUCCCCCUCCCCCCACAGAUACCCAAUGGGGAUUCCCAGCAGGGGGCAGAUGGGGAUGGGAGGGCUGCAGUACCCCCUGCAGCAGAUGGGCUCUCAGUACAGCCAGCAGCAGCAGAACAUGGGCAGUUACUGCCAGCCAGGUCAGCCGCCGUAUUUCAGCACACCACAGCAGCAGCCCGCCGCCCCCAGCCAGCCGCCGUACAUGCAGCCCCGCCCACUGCCACAGCAGGAGGUGCCACAGGAGGCGUACGGGGGGCGGGGUCAGUCUGCCGCUAUGACUCCUGGGAAACCAAACCACGAGGAGAUGAGUCUUAGCCAACAGGAGAGACCGUCUAGCCUGCCGGACCUCUCUGGCUCUAUUGAUGAUUUGCCCACCGGCACAGAGGCGGCAGUGAGUUCGGUGGCGUCGGGCUCUGGCAGCGCUCAGGGUGACCAGGGGACUCCGGCCCGUUCUCCAUUCUCCCCACACGUCUCCCCUCGCCUCCCUCCACCCGGUCGCACAGGACCCUCUCCCUCCCCCUCUUCGUCCCCUGCUGGCUCCGGCAGCCAAUCACGACCUGGACCUCUUUCCCCUGCCACCAGCGGACCAGGUUCUCAGAUGACCCCUCAGGUCUCCGUUCCUGUAUCAGAUGUUGGUCCCCAUUCCUCCCAGUCUGCCGUUACUCAGGACAGAGGUUUCCUGCCCUCCAUGCAGCGCAGCAGCUCGGGCUCUCAGUUCGGGGCCCAGCAGUCUGCAUUGUCUAUGGCCCCUCACCCGGUCCCAGGGGGUCCUGUGCACCACAGCUCCUACCAGCAGGCUGGUCACUCCUAUGGCCAGUAUGGACCCCCAGGGAACUACCCUCGGCCUCCCCACUAUGGCGGGACUCCCAGUGCCAACUACAGUGGACCCAGCCCAGGCUCGAACCUGUCCAACAGCCUGGGGUUGAAUGCCAGCAGUCCCAUGCACGGUCAGGGCCCGUCCACCCCAGCAGGCCGUGGCCCCGGGCCCGGGCCCAGUGUGGGUGGGCGACCAUACCCUGCCGGAGGCAGUAGCAUGACCCCCACCUCCCCCAGCAUGCCACAGCCUGCCGGGCAGGGCAUGGGCCCUCCUGGACCCAAUGCCAGCUGCAAGCCACUUGAGAUUGGCCCCAACAGUGGUCCUAGUGCCAGUUCCUCAUCAGGGUCGUCCACGGUAGCUACUCAAAGCAGGCAAGGCAUCUACUCAGGCAUAAUGCCUAUGGGCGCAGUAGGCCCCGGAGGACCUGGAGGACCUUAUAGCCAGCAACCAGGGAGUAACUCUGGGAGGAUGACACCACAGGGACCCCCCUACAGCGCCCCAUCGUCAGGCCCCAUGAUGAUGCCAGCAGAAGGGAUGGGUCCUCAUGCAGACGCCAAGCAAAGGGUGGAGCUGAGCAAAGAGGGUGUCGGUUCUGCAGCAGAACCACCGAAAUCCAAGGACAGCUACAGCUCUCAGUGUGUGUCCCAGCCCCCCACCCCUUGCCCCAUGUCCCCCAGCUCAGCCAGUCUGUCCUCCUGUCACGGGGAGGACAGCGAUAGCAUUAGCAGCCCUGCCUGGCUCAGGACUCCGACCAGCCCUAAGCCCAGUGUGGCCACUAUGACCAACGAGAAGAUCACCCGGCUGUACGAGUUGGGCUCUGAGCCAGAGAGGAAGCUGUGGGUGGACCGAUACCUGUCCUUCAUGGAGGAACGGGGGACGCCCGUCACAAACCUGCCCGCUGUUGGGAAGAAGCCGCUGGACCUGUGCAGGUUGUACCUGGCUGUCCGAGAGAUAGGAGGACUGGCCAUGGUAAAUAAGAAUAAGAAGUGGCGGGAGCUGUCAUCCCUGCUGAACGUGGGGACGUCGAGCAGCUCGGCCAGUUCGCUGAAGAAGCAGUACAUCCAGUACCUGUUCGCCUACGAGUGUAAGAUGGAGCGGGGAGAGGAGCCGCCGCCUGAGGCCAUUGGGCCUGCUGGAGAUGCCAAGAAACCGCAGUCCCUCCAGGCCAGGAUCCAGCCGCCUUCCCCAGUGAACUCGGGCUCCCUGCAGGGCCCAAACACUCCUCAGUCCAGCAGUAACUCCCUAACCGAGGCCCCUGGAGACCUGAAGCCCCCGACCCCUGCUUCCACCCCGCACAGCCACAUGGGCCCCCAGCCUGGAAACAGGAACAUGGGAGGAGUGAGUGUCCAGGACCCGUUCUCUGAGGGCAGCGAUCCAGCUUUCCACAACAAGCGAGGCCCCGGACCCACUGGUGCUCCCUACCAGCAGGGAGGUGGUCCAGCAGAUCCUAUGAGGAUGCAGUAUGAUAGCAACAAAGACCCGUACGGAGGAGCGAGGAAGGGUCCGGGCCCCAGCGAGGCCUUUGGUCCCAGUCAGAUGCCCAGUGGUGGAGCCAUGCAGGAUAUGUACGCCCGGGGGCCACCCUCUGGGCCCCUGACAGGGAUGGGCCCCAGAUCCCAGUACCCCUACGGCCCCGGCUAUGAGCGCAGGCCGGAACAUGUUAUGGGUCCUGAGGGAGGUAUGGCGCCCCCCGGAGGCCAGAACAGCAUGGGCCCAUCUGCAAAUGAAGCUGGCAUGUUUCCCACCAACAGAUAUCCUCACCAGAGACACGGACCCGACAGUUAUGGGCAGCAGUAUCCUCACAGCAUGGCCUACAGUUCCCAUCAGCCCCCGUACCCUCAGCAACAGGGCUACAAGCGUCCGAUGGAGGGGAUGUAUCCGGCAGCAAAGCGUCAUGAAGGUGAGGCAUUCGCCCUGCAGCAGUACGGGUCUCAGCAGCCUGACAUGUUCCCUGCCUAUGGAGGAGGAGGUGGGGGCUACAUGGGCCCCGAGCGCCGGCCCAUCCAGGGCCAGUACUCAUAUCCGUACAACCGAGACCGCCAGGGCCCCCCUCAGCACAGCGUGAUGGGUUCAGGAUCACCGGCAGUAUCCGGAGGUCCUGGGGAGGGGCCACAGGCCAGCAUGUGGCACCCCAGGACAGAUAUGGGCUAUACGUACAGUCGGCAGGGUCAGGGGCCCCCCUACCGAGGGGAUGACCAGGAGGGCAGGGCUCCCCAGGAUGGCCAGUGGCCCCCUGGCCACCCGAGUCAGCGUCAGCCUCCAUACCCCCCCCACUCUUCAGCUGCUCCAGCCUCCAUGCCUCCCCUGCCCUCCAGACAGCCUCCUUCCUCCUUCCAAGCUACACCCACCAUCCCCAACCAUGUGACUCGCUCUCAUAGCCCCUCCUCCUUCCCCCGACCCAUGGGGGGCUCAUUGUCACCCAACAGUGCACCCUACCUGCCAUCCAUGAAGAAACCAGCAGUGCCACAGGGACCACCGCCCACUCAGGGCCUCCCUCUCAUUAACAGAGAGGUCAGCUUUCCCCAUGGCUCUGUGGAGGCCAUGCUCCCUAAACUGAAACCACGACGACGGCUGACCGCCAAGGACACAGGAACCCCAGAGGCGUGGCGGGUGAUGAUGUCACUGAAGUCUGGCCUGUUAGCGGAGAGCACGUGGGCACUGGACACCAUAAACAUCCUGCUGUAUGAUGACAGCACUGUUGGCUCCUUCAGUCUCCCACAGCUGCCAGGCUUCCUGGAGCUCAUUGUGGAGUUUUACCGCCGCUGCCUCAUCCAGAUCUUUGGCAUCCUGGAGGAAUAUGAAGUGGGAACUGAGGGGCAGAGAACCCUGCUGGGGCCCCUCCCUGAGGAGGAGGCAGAGUUAAUGGAGGAUCCACCAGCUGCUGCCUCUGAAUCUGAUGGCCAGAUGGCAUUGGAGCAGAAGCUCCAGAAGUGGUCAGCAGAGGAGGUGGAGGAGACGCUGCUACCACUGCUCACCCCUUCCGAGGAGCAGGUUAAAAAACCCGUCGUCAGAGAAAAAGCGGAGGGGAAGGAAGAGGAGCACCAGGAGUGGGCAGAGCACCACCCCCAGCAGACCAGCAAGUACAACAAGCUGCCAAUCAGGGUGGAGGAGACUGGCAAAGGGUGGGAGGAGGUGGAGGAGUGCUGGGCCAAGCUGAGCCGACCCAACGGCUUCAUCAGCGGUCUCUUGCACUGGAAGGCCGGAGGAGGAGACUCUACCACUCACAUCCUGACACACUUUGAGCCCCGCAGAGGAGGCUCCACCCCCCUGCACCCACCCAAGUGGGAGGAGACGGUGGAGGGAGGAGGGGGUGAGAUGGGUAAGGAGGAGCUGGGCGAAGGAGAAGAGAGAAAACAGCCAGAUGGAGGAGAUGCUGGAAACCAGGAAGAGUUCAGAGGUCAGAGGUCACCGGCUCAAAGUCCCAUCAGCCAGCUGGAGAAUGAGCCUCGCUGCUGGGACGAGGCCCCGCUGUCCACCGCUGAGGUGUGGCAGGAUGCGCUGGCCAAACGUUGCAUCUGCAUCUCCAACAUUGUGCGCGGCCUCUCCUUCGUUCCCGGGAACGAUGCCGUCUUGUCGCAGCACCCUGGCCUGGUGCUAAUCCUGGGCCGGCUGGUGCUGCUGCACCACCACCACCCUCGCCGGAAACGAACUCCGCCCACUUAUCAGCGGGAAGAGGAGCAGGGUCUGGCGUGCAGCCGGGAUGAGUGGUGGUGGGAUUGCCUGGCAGCGCUCAGGGAGAACACGCUUGUGACGCUGGCCAACAUAUCAGGCCAGCUGGACCUGUCACUGUACCCAGAAAGCAUCUGCCUGCCCAUCCUGGACGGGCUGCUGCACUGGAUGGUGUGCCCGUCCGCUGAGGCGCAGGACCCGUUCUCCGCGGCAGGUGGCUUCUCGUCGCUCACACCGCAGAGGCUCGUGUUGGAAUGCCUGUGCAAGUUGAGCAUCAAGGACUGCAACGUGGACUUGCUGCUCGCCACACCGCCCUUCACUCGUCAGCAGAAACUCUUCUGCACACUGGUGCGCCUGGUGGGUGAAAGGAAGAGCCAGGUGUGCCGGGAGAUGGCGGUGGCUGUGCUGUCCAACCUGGCGCAGGGCGACCCGACAGCGGCAAGGGCGGUCGCCCUGGAGAAGGGCAGCGUAGGGACUCUGAUCGGCUUCCUGGAGGACUGUGUGACCAUGGCCCAGUACCAGCAGAACCCGCAUAGCCUGUUGCAUGCCAACGCACAGCCGGAGCCACCCAGCAUCAACAUGAUGUGCCGUGCCGCCAAGGCGCUGCUGGCCAUGGCACAGGUGGAGGAGAAUCGGACGGAGUUUGUUCUGUACGAGAGCCGGCUGCUCGACAUCUCGCUGUCGACUGCACUCAAUUCCUCUGUGGCGGCCAUCAUGUGUGAAGUACUGUUUAAAAUCGGCCAUUCGUGACACAAACACUGUCACGGGGCAUGCUCAGUGGCAUUGUAAGCAGCUCUGCCUGUGUGACAAACUGGCUUCUAUUAUAUUUUUAUUUAAGAACAGAAAAGAAAUGUUUUUACGUACAAAUGAAUAUAUAUAGAAUCUAUAAAGCUCCGACUCCAUCCGCAAAUGUUUGUUUCGGAUUUUUAAAUAAUUUUAAUACAAAAUAUUUAAUACUUGUAUUUUUAAUUUUCUAUUUGUUUUGUCAGUAUGUUGUUUUGUUUGAACCAAAGUGUGACGGUGGCUCGGGUUCUGACUCUCUUCAAUGUUUUUAAAACAGACGUGGUCCUUCCUUUCUGUUUGCAGGGGCUGUUUUUUGGGGGUGGGGUUAGUUAGAUUUUGGGGACAGGAUUAUUUAAAUAGUGUUGUAGAUAGGUCUUUCUUUUCUCACGUGGUAUGACAGAGGAAACACUGAUGUUCAGUCAUGUACUUUGUUCUGGUGCAAUACGUUUGGGUGUUUUGUUUUUUUUAAUGUGAAUUAUUUGACCAUCUGCCGUUUGACCAUCAGUAUUUUUGCCAAACCACAGCAGUAUCAGCCAAUGGGUUUUUAAGAAUUUUUUAUGUCUCCUCCACCAAUCAGAUCCCUCCACUAUCAUCAUCCUUCUGUAAAUAGUCAACGUACAUUGAGCUCCAGCAGAUGGCAUCCUGACUCUGUUGCUGAAUUUAUAAUCACAACUCUGAACACUUGAGUUUCUGUAUUUAAGGGGAAAAAAAAAAUCAGCUUCAGGAUGUUUUAUGAGGUCUGAUCUGGGAGGGUGUUUGAUUUGAGAGACUGUAUGUACAGAAGGUCAUGGGGUUGGGUGGGGUGGGGCAGGGCAGGCAGGACUGUACUUAUCAUGUUGCUGACAUCAAAAACAGUUAUAAGAAAUGUAAAGAGAGGAAAAAAAAGAAAAUCUCUACAUCCAGAACGUCUCCUGUUUGAUUUGACAGACACUGUUUCUUCAGUAUGAGAUCUUUAUAUGUUCCACAAUGUGUGAAAGAAUAAAUGUACAUGAACUCUUGUUGAGCACUGUGAACACAGCUCUGGGCUGGUUUACUUUGGUCUUAAUAUGGAUUUUAAUUUGGUAUUGACUUCCAUAUA